GCACUUUCUUCAACAUUGAGUCAAACACAUAAAUAAAUUAAGCAGAGGGAAGAAGAAGAAGAAGUGUAGAGGAUCCUAGAGGGUUUAGACUUUAGACAGUGAUGGAGCAGAGUAGCGGGAGACUGAAUCCGAAAGAGGCGAACGUCUUGUCGAGCCUUGUCGGGAGCAUCGUGGAGAAAGGUAUAUCGGAGACUACGCCUCCAAAUAAGCCGCUUCCCCCGAGACCCUCCCUUCUUUCCUUCCCCGUCGCUCGUCAUCGUUCUCACGGACCCCAUUGGGCUCCUCCUGUGGCACAACCUAAUGACGAUGAGGAAGAAGAAGAAGAAGAAGAACGUUUCAUGAAUGCAGACUCCUUUUCUGCUUUUGCUAAACCGCUUCAAAGAAAGGAGAAGAAACACAUGGAGCUCAGUAGGUGGAAAGAUAUGGUCUCUGGGGAUGAUUCUGCAUCCACAUCUCGCCCUACGUAUUCUAGGAAUGUUAACAUCAUUGAGACUAAGUCUCUCUCUCUUGCUCCUCCCCCCGACGACUUGGCCACUAACACUUCACUGGCUAAACCUGCUCAGAGAGACUUUGUUUCUCAGAGACCACCCUCUAUUGAGGAAAGGGUUUCGUUCGGCGCUUCUCCUCCCUUAUCUGUUUCGAAUGGACGACUUGGGGCUAGACAGGCGUCUUCAUCUCUUGAGAGUGAUAUUGAUGUAGAGAACCAUGCAAGGUUGCAGUCUAUGUCACCCGACGAGAUUGCAGAAGCACAGGCUGAGUUAUUGGACAAGAUGGAUCCUGCAUUACUCAGCAUUUUGAAGAAACGAGGUGAGGAUAAAUUGAAGAAGCGAAAGCAUUCACUGCCUGGAGUUUCUGCUGCCGAAGAGGCAACAAAGAAUUCAAGAACUGAGGGUCACUUUGUUCACUCACGACAGGGCCAGGCUGUUACUCCAUCUACCUCUGUAGUUAUGCCAAUACCAAAUGAAAAAGGUGUGGUGCAAAAGUCAGCGUUACCCCAAGGAUUCUUGUGGGAUACAUGGACUGAGAGGGUUGAGGCUGCCAGGGACUUGAGAUUUUCUUUUGACGGUUCUGUUGUUGAGGAUGAUGUUGUCUCAGCAGCUGAAACUGGUGAAAAGUUGUCUGGGGUUGGAUCUGCUGCUGAACGUGACUUCUUGAGAACUGAGGGGGACCCUGGUGCAGCUGGGUACACCAUCAAAGAAGCUAUUGCUCUUGCACGGAGUGUGAUUCCGGGGCAAAGAUGCCUUGCUUUGCAUCUGCUUGCAUCUGUACUCGACAAAGCUUUGAACAAACUUUGCCAGAGCAGAAUCGGCUUUACAAGGGAGGAAAAAGAUAAAUCCACUGAUUGGGAAGCCAUCUGGGCUUAUGCCCUUGGACCAGAACCUGAGCUUGUCUUAGCAUUGAGGAUGGCUCUUGAUGACAAUCAUACCUCUGUUGUUCUAGCAUGUGUAAAAGUGAUUCAGUGUCUACUGAGCUGUUCUCUUAACGAGAACUUCUUUGAUAUUUUGGAGAACAUGGGACCACACGGGAGGGACAUCUUUACGGCGCCGGUGUUUAGGAGUAAGCCAGAAAUUGAUCUUGGCUUCCUCCGUGGUUGCUACUGGAAGUACAGCGCUAAACCCUCCAAUAUUGUUCCUUUCCGUCAAGAGAUCAUGGAUGACGGGACAGAAGAUACAGAAACUAUUCAGAAAGAUGUUUUUGUAGCCGGACAAGAUGUUGCUGCUGGUCUUGUCAGAAUGGAUAUCCUUCCAAGAAUUUAUCACCUUCUGGAGACAGAACCAACAGCAGCCCUUGAGGACAGCAUAAUUUCUGUUACUAUUGCGAUAGCAAGGCAUUCUCCAAAAUGCACAACUGCAAUCUUGAAGUAUCCCAAAUUUGUGCAAACAGUUGUAAAAAGAUUCAAAUUGAACAAAAGAAUGGACAUUCUUCCUUCUCAGAUCAAUUCUGUCCGCCUCUUAAAGGUGUUGGCCCGGUAUGAUCAAAGUACUUGCAUGGAAUUUGUGAAGAACGGGACUUUCAACGCCGUCACGUGGCAUUUGUUUCAGUUCACCUCCUCUCUUGACUCAUGGAUGAAGCUAGGGAAGCAGAACUGCAAGCUUUCAUCUACUUUGAUGGUUGAACAGCUCCGGUUUUGGAGGGUCUGUAUCCACAGUGGCUGUUGCGUAUCUCGCUUCCCAGAGCUCUUCCCAGCUCUGUGUCUGUGGUUGACUUGUCCAUCAUUCGAAAAGCUCAGGGAGACAAAUCUCAUCAGCGAGUUUACUUCUGUGUCCAAGGAGGCCUACCUGGUCCUUGAGGCUUUUGCCGAGACACUUCCAAAUAUGUACUCACAAAACCUUCCGCGGAACAAAUCUUUGACUUGGGACUGGAGUUAUGUUAGCCCUAUGAUUGAUUUAGCACUAAGCUGGGUAUCAUUGGCCCCUCAAUUACUCGACUGGGAGAAAGGAAUCGAACAUGUUUCUGCGUCCACUAAGUCUCUGUUGUGGUUGUAUUCGGGUGUCAUGCGUACAAUUUCUAAAGUCCUUGAAAGAAUCUCUGCCGAUGGAGAGGAAGAACCUCUACCAUGGCUGCCGGAGUUUGUUCCAAAGAUUGGCCUUGCCAUCAUCAAGCACAAGCUUCUUAGUUUUUCCGUUGCAGAAGUAAGUAGAUGUAGAGAAGACUCUUCCAGGUGUUCUUCUUUCAUGGAUUUUUUGUGUCUUCUAAGAGAAAGAUCACAAAAUGAUGAACUAGCAUUAGCUUCUGUGAGUUGUCUUCAUGGGUUAACGCGGACUAUCGUUUCCAUCCAAACUCUGAUAGAAUCUGCUAGAUCUAAGAUGACAACUCCUCAUCAGGGAUACACUUCCACUAGAGAUGAAUUUGUUCUUGCAAAAGGAAUACUGGCAGAGUCUCUGGCUGACCUAACAUCUGUGUCAAGCUCUUUUAGAGAUUCUGUUUCAUCAGAAUGGCCCAUCAUGCAAUCCAUUGAGCUGCAUAAACGAGGUGGACUGGCCCCUGGGGUGGGACUUGGUUGGGGAGCUAGCGGUGGUGGGUUUUGGUCAACUAAAGUUCUGUUGGCACAGGCUGAUGCCGGUCUUCUGAGUCUUUUUCUUAACAUCUCUCAGAUUGACGCGCAUAAUGAUCAGGGAUCUGUUGGCUUGAUGGAUAAUCUGAACUCCACUUUAGCUAUGUGCUUGAUUGCAGGUCCAAGGGAUCAUUUACUUGUGGAAAGAGCCUUCGACUAUGUCCUUAGACCACAUGCUUUAGAACACCUGGCCUGCUGUAUCAAGUCAAAGAAGAAAACCAUAUCGUUUGAAUGGGAUUGCAGCGAAGAGGAUUAUCAUCGUAUGAGCAGUAUGCUUGCUUCUCACUUCAGAGAUAGAUGGUUACAGCCAAAGGAAAAAUCUAAAGCCGAGAAAGGAGCCAGUGAGGUAAAGAAGGACACAGUUGGACUGGAGACGAUUCAUGAGGACGGUGAAAUGCCAAAUUGUUCGACACAGGAUAAAAAAGUAGACUCCUCGAUCACAGAGUGGGCUCACCAGAGAAUGCCCCUACCUCCGCACUGGUUUCUCAGCGCCAUUUCAGCAGUCCACAGUGGUAAAACCUCAACAGGGCCACCAGAUUCCACAGAGUUGCUUGAAGUCGCGAAAUCUGGAGUUUUCUUUCUUGCAGGACUUGAGUCUGGUUUUGGAUCGGUUCCGUCUCCUGUUUUGAGUGUGCCAUUGGUUUGGAAGUUUCACGCUUUGUCUACCGUGUUGCUUGUUGGAAUGGACAUCAUCAAAGACAAGAACACUAGGAACUUGUACAAUUUUCUGCAGGAGCUCUACGGGCAGUAUCUUGAUGAAGCGAGACUAAACCACCGUGACAUUGAGCUCUUGAUGUUCAAGUCAGACAUUCACGAGAACUACUCUACUUUUCUGGAGAUGGUCGUGGAGCAGUAUGCUGCGGUGUCAUAUGGUGAUGAACUGUUUGGCCGACAGGUAUCGAUUUACUUGCAUCAAUGUGUGGAAUCCUCAGUUCGACUAUCAGCAUGGACUGUGCUCUCCAAUGCCAGUGUUCUUCAGCUUCUGCCAAGUCUAGACAAAUGCUUGGGAGAAGCAGAUGGUUACCUUGAACCGGUUGAGGAAAACGAAGCAGUCCUUGAGGCGUACCUGAAGUCAUGGACUUGUGGAGCCCUGGACAAAGCAGCGGCGCGGGGAUCAGUAGCCUUUACACUCGUUCUGCAUCACUUUUCAUCUUUAGUAUUCUGCAGUGAAGCCAAGGAAAAAGUAUCCCUGCGGAAUAAGAUUGUGAAGUCUCUGGUCAGAGAUGUAUCGAGAAAGAGUCAUCGUGAGGGGAUGAUGCUGAAACUGGUGGGGUGUCUUAAAGGGGUUGCAGACGCCAUGGAAGAAACAAGGGAGAGAGAGAAAAGAUGGGAGGUGUUGAAAGAGGCGUGUGAAGGGAACUCGUCCCUCCUAUCGGAAGUAGAGAAGCUCAAAUCCACCUUCUGUGGAAGAAGAAAGUGAAACCCGAGUGGGUGUCAUCAGAGAGAAUAAGAGAGGAAAGAAAGAGAGUGUGUUGUGUUAUCGUAACUCUUUCAGUCUUUCUUGCUCUAAUUUUGAUUUAUUCCGAGCUCAGUGUUGCAUAAGAGCUGUGUAAUUAAAUCCAAAUACAUUUGGGAGCUGAUGAUGUUUGUUUGGGUAUGUAGGACAGGAUGGAUUCUCCAAAAUUCUGACAAAAGUCCAAUUAGCUUAGCUU